CCCCCAGUCCCCAGAUGCCUAUAUAUGAGCUCCUCUGUGACUCUGUCUGCUUAUGAAAAGCAUUCAACAGCCCCCCAACUCUUGUUUUCACUGUUUUUCUCUCUCCGGUUAUCACUUCUAAACUAAUCCUUGUCAAGAUGAGGUGCGCACCAUCAUGCCGUCCCUUCCGGCCCUGCUGCGUUCCAGGUUGCCCCUACUCAGGGGAUGUCCAAGUAGGAGUGGACAACCAAGCAGGCAGAGACUUUGAAAUGGACAUCACCGACAAUGAUAUCAUUGGAGGACGUGGCAGAGCUCGCUUGGGUGCAGGCAACGAUGCCGGCCGUGACAACCGCGCCAGUAUAUACGAGAACCGCAUCCUCAAUGCCAACGUGAAUGCCGAUAUUGGCGUAGGCAACAGAGCAGGCCGAGACAACGUCAUGGAGGUCUACAGGAAUACUGUGAGGGGUGGGCGUGACGGUGCCAACGUCCGUGUGGGGGCGGGCAACGAUGCAUGUGGGGAUAACAGAAUGCGUGUCUUCUGCAACAACGUCGAGGACGCUGAGGACGAUGUGGAUAUUGGCACCGGGAACUCUGCAGGCAGGGAUAACUUCAUGGAAGUCUACAACAACGAUGUCCGUGGUGCGCGCGGCGGUGUGCGCAUUGGCGUUGGGAACCAGGCCGGCAGGGACAACAGGGGCCGAGUGUCCGGGAACAUAGUCAGGCGUUGAAUUAUAAAUAUACCUAUACAAAUAUGUUUGCAUGCAGCUUAUCUUCUACUUCAUUUCGGGUAAUCACUUUUAUGUAUCUGUUGUUGUUGUUGUUGUUGUUGUUGUUGUUGUUGUGUGGUCCUUUUCUUCCCCUGCUCUGCAAUACAGACAAGAGUUUGCAUUUGGGAGGAAGGAAAGUUGCAUGCUCUGUUUUUCCUCCUGAGUCCUGGUUAAUUGUCUUAAUUAUGAUUCAAUGAAACAGUGUGUUGUUGGGUUAUC